AUGUCGUCCCUUCCACCACCUCCGCCGCCUGGAUGGGCUGGUGGUCCUCACUCUAUGCCUUCAGCUCCGCCCCCACCAGGGUAUCAGCCACCCUCAGACCCUCAAGUCGCGAAAUAUGCCCAGAAAAAGAAGGAAUGGCUGCGGUCACAGCGCAACCGCUUCAGUGAGAAGAGAAAGGGUGGAUUUGUGGAAACACAAAAGGCGGAUAUGCCCCCUGAGCAUCUGCGCAAGAUUGUCAAAGACAUUGGGGAUGUUUCGCAGAAGAAGUUUAGCAGUGACAAGAGAAGUUACCUGGGCGCUCUGAAAUACAUGCCGCAUGCUGUAUUGAAGCUGUUGGAAAAUAUGCCUAUGCCAUGGGAGUCUGCAAGAGAAGUGAAGGUGUUAUACCAUGUGAAUGGGUGUCUUACGAUCGUCAACGAAACACCCAGAGUCAUCGAGCCAGUAUUUCAUGCUCAGUGGGCUACUAUGUGGGUUGCUAUGCGACGAGAGAAAAGUGACAGGAGGCAUUUCAAACGAAUGAGGUUUCCACCUUUCGAUGACGAGGAGCCUCCGCUGUCCUGGUCUGAGAACAUCGAGGGUGUUGAUCCUCUCGAGCCCAUUCAAUUGGAACUUGAUGAUCAGGAAGAUGCUGCUGUUCUCGAAUGGCUGUACGAGCAUCGCCCACUUCUGGACACGCCUCACGUCAACGGACCGAGCUACAAAGAUUGGAAUUUGUCUCUUCCUCAAAUGGCUACUCUUUACCGUCUUAGCCAUCAGCUUUUGAGUGACCUUGUCGAUAAAAAUUAUUUCCACAUGUUCGAUCUGAAAAGUUUCCAGACAGCAAAGGCGCUGAAUGUCGCCAUGCCUGGUGGUCCUCGAUUCGAACCUUUGUACAAAGACAUCGAUCCCAACGACGAAGACUUCGGUGAAUUCAACGCUAUUGAUAGGAUCAUCUUCCGCGCGCCAAUACGUACAGAAUAUCGCGUGGCUUUUCCAUAUCUCUAUAAUUCUCUUCCUCGAAGCGUCAAGCUGUCCUGGUAUUCGUAUCCCCAAGUAGUAUACGUUCGGGCGGAAGAUCCCAGUCUUCCUGCAUUUUAUUUUGACCCCGUGAUCAACCCUAUAUCUUCGCGAUCAGUCGCACCGAAGAACUUAAGCGUCAGCCACGAGGAUGAAAUAUUCGGCGAAGGAAAUAUGGAAGACGAGGAAUUUGAGCUGCCCGGUAAUGCACAGCCAUUCCUUGCUGAUGAGGAGCUGUAUACUAGCGAGACUGCAUCUGCUAUCGCGCUGUGGUGGGCGCCAUACCCUUUUGAUAGACGGUCUGGCAAGAUGACCAAAGCACAAGACGUACCACUUGUCAAGCAGUGGUAUCUUGAGCAUUGUCCGCAAGGACAGCAUGUCAAAGUGCGAGUGUCAUACCAGAAGCUGCUGAAAACUUACGUGUUAAAUGAGCUUCAUAAAAAGAAGCCUAAAGCUCAGAAGAAGCAAAAUCUUAUGAAGUCGCUCAAAUCUACGAAAUUUUUCCAACAGACCACGAUUGACUGGGUUGAGGCUGGUCUACAGGUUUGCAGGCAAGGGUUCAACAUGCUCAACCUCUUGAUCCAUAGAAAGAAUUUGACUUAUCUUCACUUGGACUACAAUUUCAAUUUGAAGCCUGUAAAGACCCUGACGACAAAAGAACGAAAGAAAUCUCGAUUUGGAAACGCAUUCCAUUUGAUGCGAGAGAUUCUUCGUCUUACGAAAUUGAUCGUUGAUGCUCAAGUCCAGUAUCGUUUGGGCAACAUUGAUGCUUUUCAACUCGCCGAUGGGAUACUUUACGCAUUCAAUCAUGUUGGCCAAUUAACCGGCAUGUACCGCUAUAAGUAUAAGCUCAUGCAUCAGAUCCGGUCCUGCAAAGAUUUGAAGCAUUUGAUAUACCACCGCUUCAACUCUGGUCCGGUAGGAAAAGGCCCAGGAUGCGGUUUCUGGGCUCCCGCUUGGAGGGUAUGGCUCUUCUUCAUGCGUGGAAUCAUUCCUCUAUUGGAACGUUGGCUUGGUAAUCUCUUGUCUCGACAAUUUGAAGGUCGUCACAGCAAGGGCGUGGCGAAGACUGUCACAAAACAGCGAGUUGAAUCACAUUUUGAUCUUGAACUUCGUGCCUCGGUAAUGGCUGAUUUGAUGGAUAUGAUGCCCGAAGGCAUCAAACAAAACAAAGUCAAUACCGUGCUGCAGCAUUUGUCAGAGGCGUGGCGAUGCUGGAAGAGUAAUAUUCCAUGGAAGGUGCCUGGCUUGCCUGCACCAAUCGAAAAUAUCAUUCUUCGAUACGUCAAAAGCAAAGCUGACUGGUGGAUAUCCGUCGCACACUACAAUCGAGAACGUAUAAGGCGUGGUGCGACUGUAGAUAAGACUGUUGCAAAAAAGAACCUGGGACGUCUGACGCGUUUAUGGCUCAAAGCAGAACAAGAGCGCCAACACAAUUAUAUGAAAGACGGGCCAUACGUCUCAUCUGAGGAAGCUGUUGCUAUCUAUACGACCACAGUGCAUUGGCUUGAAUCAAGGAAAUUCUCUCCUAUUCCCUUCCCUGCCGUAUCGUACAAGCAUGACACAAAGAUCUUGAUUCUCGCUCUGGAGCGCUUACGGGAGGCAUACUCUGUCAAGGGCCGCCUUAAUCAGAAUCAACGGGAGGAGCUUGCAUUGAUUGAGCAAGCAUAUGAUUCGCCUGGUACAACCCUUUCCCGAAUCAAGCGCUUCCUUUUGACUCAGCGCGCCUUCAAAGAAGUUGGCAUUGAUAUGAACGACAACUAUAGCCACAUCAAUCCCGUCUACGAUAUCGAGCCAAUUGAGAAGAUUACAGACGCCUAUCUAGAUCAAUAUCUGUGGUAUCAAGCAGACCAGCGGCAUCUUUUCCCAGCUUGGAUCAAGCCAUCGGACUCAGAAGUGCCGCCUCUGCUGACUUACAAAUGGGCUCAAGGUAUCAACAACCUCGACAAAGUGUGGCAGACAGAGAACGGUGAAUGCAAUGUGAUGAUCGAGACGCAGCUUUCCAAAGUUUACGAGAAGAUCGACUUAACACUUCUCAACCGGCUGCUGAGACUCAUCAUGGAUCACAAUCUCGCGGACUACAUCACAUCUAAGAACAAUGUGCAAUUGAGUUAUAAGGACAUGAAUCAUACAAAUAGCUAUGGAAUGAUUCGUGGCUUACAAUUCUCCGGCUUCGUCUUCCAAUACUAUGGGCUUGUGCUGGAUUUGCUACUCCUAGGCCUGCAACGAGCGAGCGAAAUUGCUGGCCCUCCGCAAGGUCCUAAUGACUUUUUGCAAUUCAGGGAUCGCAAAGCUGAAACUAAACAUCCUAUCCGACUCUACACCAGGUAUAUUGAUCAUAUUUGGGUGUUCCUCCGCUUCUCAGCAGACGAGUCUCGUGACCUCAUCCAGCGAUUCUUGACCGAGCAACCAGACCCGAACUUUGAAAACGUCAUAGGCUACCGAAACAAGAAAUGCUGGCCUCGAGACUCACGUAUGCGACUCAUGAGACACGACGUCAAUCUAGGUCGUGCUGUUUUCUGGGACUUGAAGAAUCGGUUGCCACGGUCUGUCACUACUGUUGAAUGGGAUGAUACGUUUGCAAGCGUGUACAGCCGCGACAAUCCUAAUCUUUUAUUCUCGAUGUCCGGGUUUGAAGUCCGCAUUUUACCAAAGAUCCGAAAUCAAGAUGAAGAAUUCCCAGUCAAAGACAGCGUCUGGUCUCUGGUCGAUAACAAGAGCAAGGAGCGGACUGCGCACGCAUUCCUGCAGGUCACUGAAGAGGACAUCCAGAAAUUCAAUAACAGAAUCAGACAGAUUCUCAUGUCUUCCGGGUCCACCACAUUCACAAAGAUUGCCAAUAAGUGGAACACGAGCUUGAUAGCACUUUUCACGUACUACCGAGAGGCAGCUGUCUCCACUGUAAAUUUGCUUGACACAAUUGUGAAGUGCGAGACAAAAAUCCAAACAAGGGUCAAGAUUGGCUUGAAUUCGAAGAUGCCUUCCAGGUUCCCGCCUGCUGUAUUCUAUACUCCCAAGGAACUUGGCGGCCUUGGUAUGAUCUCAGGAUCACACAUACUCAUCCCCACAAGCGAUAAGAGAUGGUCAAAACAAACAGACACUGGCGUCACUCAUUAUCGUGCCGGUAUGAGCCACGAUGAGGAGACUCUCAUACCUAACAUCUUUCGAUACAUCAUACCCUGGGAGGCUGAGUUCAUCGACUCACAGCGUGUCUGGACUGAAUAUUCGCAGAAACGACAGGAAGCAAACCAGCAGAACCGUAGGCUGACUCUUGAGGAUCUUGAAGACAGCUGGGAUCGGGGUUUACCGCGUAUCAACACCCUGUUCCAAAAGGAUCGCAGCACCUUGAGCUUCGAUAAGGGCUUCAGAGCACGAACAGAAUUCAAGAGCUACCAGCUCAUGAAAAGCAACCCUUUUUGGUGGACGAGUCAAAGGCAUGAUGGCAAGCUCUGGAAUCUAAAUUCUUAUAGAACCGAUGUUAUUCAAGCACUGGGUGGUGUCGAGACUAUUCUCGAGCAUACACUCUUCAAAGCCACAGCGUUUCCAUCAUGGGAAGGUCUCUUUUGGGAAAAGGCUUGUCUGGCCCUCGGGACACAGCUGCUGCGAUAUGAUGGUAGUAAGGUCGCCGUCGAAGAUGUCGAAGAGGGCGAUGUACUGCUUGGUCCGGAUGGUGGACCUCGUCGCGCAUCGAAUGUAGUCAAGGGCAAAGACCGCCUCUAUCGUAUCAAGAUGGGUGGUAACAAAGAAGAUCUUGUCGUAACACCAAAUCAUAUCCUCGUUCUCUAUCGAGAGAAGGUCCGUACAAACAAUCACGAAGGACCGUCCAUUCAAAGUCAUUACGAACGCUACGACACCGUCGAGAUGGUAGCCGCGGAUUUUGCGGCACUUGACCCAAAGAAGAGAGAAAGACACCGGCUCUUCAAAUGUCCAGAUCUCUUGCGUAAGCAUUCUGUUGGGCGUGCCGUCUCUCAAGCAGACAGCUUCAUUGUCAAGGAUGUUGCGCUUGAGUCUGAGGCCACGAUGUGGGCUGGCUUCCGGGUCGAUGAAGACCAGCUUUACUUACGACACGACUAUCUCGUACUCCACAACAGUGGUUUCGAAGAAUCCAUGAAAUUUAAGAAGCUGACCAAUGCACAACGAUCUGGUUUGAACCAAAUCCCUAACCGGCGUUUUACACUCUGGUGGUCGCCUACCAUCAACAGAGCGAACGUGUACGUCGGUUUCCAGGUUCAGCUUGAUUUGACUGGCAUCUUCUUACACGGCAAAAUCCCAACCUUGAAGAUAUCAUUGAUUCAGAUAUUCCGAGCCCAUUUGUGGCAAAAGAUCCACGAGUCUGUCGUCAUGGAUUUGUGCCAGGUGUUCGACCAAGAACUCGAUCAAUUAGGGAUUGAGACGGUUCAAAAAGAGACGAUCCAUCCUCGUAAGUCCUACAAGAUGAAUAGCUCAUGCGCAGACAUCUUGCUUUUCGCCACACACAAAUGGAAUGUCACUCGACCUUCCCUCCUUUUCGAUACUAAAGAUAUUACGGAGCCUACAACGACCAACAGGUUCUGGCUUGAUGUACAGCUUCGCUAUGGUGAUUAUGACUCUCAUGACAUUGAACGAUACGUCCGUGCGAAAUACUUGGACUACACUACUGAUAGCAUGAGUAUCUAUCCAUCAGCUACUGGGCUCAUGGUCGGGAUCGACCUUGCGUACAAUCUAUACUCGGCAUUUGGCCAAUACUUCCCUGGUCUCAAACAACUGAUCCAGAUGGCGAUGGCGAAAAUAAUGAAGGCAAAUCCUGCGCUUUAUGUCUUGAGAGAACGUAUUCGAAAAGGUCUCCAGUUGUAUGCUUCGGAAAGCAACCAAGAAUUCUUAAAUUCUCAGAACUACUCUGAAUUGUUUAGCAACCAAAUCCAACUCUUCAUUGAUGACACAAACGUCUAUCGAGUCACGAUCCACAAGACGUUCGAAGGUAAUUUGACGACGAAGCCAAUCAACGGCGCCAUCUUCAUCUUCAAUCCAAGGACAGGUCAGCUUUUCCUCAAAGUCAUCCACACGAGCGUUUGGGCAGGUCAAAAACGUCUUGGUCAAUUAGCAAAAUGGAAGACGGCCGAGGAAGUCGCAGCUUUGAUCCGUUCUCUUCCUGUCGAAGAACAGCCGAAGCAGCUGAUUGUGACCCGAAAAGGUCUCCUUGAUCCACUAGAGGUGCAUCUGCUCGACUUCCCUAACAUCUCCAUCCGUGCUUCUGAGUUACAGUUGCCUUUUCAAGCGGCCAUGAAGGUCGAAAAGCUAGGUGAUAUGAUUCUGCGUGCAACAGAGCCAAAGAUGAUGCUCUAUAAUUUGUAUGAUGAGUGGCUUAAGAGUAUUUCUUCAUAUACUGCCUUCUCUCGCUUGAUCUUAAUUCUCAGAGCCCUGCAUGUCAAUCAAGACAAAACGAAGCUUCUACUUCGACCAGACAAGACCGUUAUUACCAAGGAACAUCACAUUUGGCCUACCUUGUCAGAUGAAGAUUGGAUCAAGGUAGAGGUGCAGUUGCGCGAUCUCAUCCUCAACGACUAUGGAAAGAAGAACAACGUGAACACCUCAUCCCUGACGAGCAGCGAAGUCCGCGACAUCAUUCUAGGAAUGGAAAUCAGUGCACCAAGCAUGCAACGGCAACAAGCCGCUGAGAUCGAAAGGCAACAGCAAGAACAACAACAAAUCACAGCCGUAACCACCAAGACCCAGAAUGUCCACGGCGAAGACAUCAUCGUCACCACCACCUCGGCGUUCGAGCAGCAAUCCUUCGCCUCAAAAACCGAAUGGCGUACCCGCGCCAUUGCGACCUCAAAUCUCCGCACCCGCGCAAACAACGUUUACAUCUCCCCCGAAGGUGUAGCCGAAGACGCUCACCAUACCUACAUUAUGCCCAAAAACAUUCUAAAACGUUUCAUCACCAUCUCGGACUUGCGCGUGCAUGUAGCAGGAUACCUCUACGGCGCCUCCCCACCCGACAAUGACGUUGUCAAGGAAAUCAAAUCCAUCGUCCUGGUCCCUCAAGUCGGCAACACCCGCGAAGUCCAACUUCCACACCAACUCCCGCAGCACCCAUCUCUUGCAAAGCUUGAGCCUCUGGGUAUAAUCCAUACAGUUGCUGGGAACGAGCCCCCUUACAUGGCCGCCGCAGAUGUUACCCAGCACGCGCGCCUCAUGUCCCGCCACGCGUCCUGGGACAAGAAGACAGUCACUCUCACCGUCUCCUUCACGCCCGGCUCUGUCUCGCUGAAUUCCUGGGCCCUCACGCCCCAAGGCUAUAAAUGGGGUGUGGAGAAUAAAGACCUUUCCUCAGACAUGCCCGCCGGCUUUUCCACAACGGGUUACGGGGAGAAAACACAACUGUUGCUGAGUGAUCAUAUCAGAGGUAUGUUUCUCGUGCCGGAGGAUAAGCGGUGGAAUUACAGUUUCAUGGGAGCAGGAUUUUCGGGCGUGGAGAAGAAGGUCGUUAAUGUUAUGGUGGAUACGCCUGUGGGGUUCUAUGAUGCGAUCCAUCGCGCUGUGCAUUUCCAGAGUUUUGCUGAGUUGGAGGAUAUUGGGGUUGAUAGGAAUGAUAAUUUUGCGUGA